CCUCCUUUUUUUGUAUGGAAAAGGAAAACGGAUUUGUUUUGUUUUGAACAACAACAAUCAGAUAAAGUCGGUGGUUAAGUGGUUAAUGGUUUUUAAUUUUAAAAAAUGCCACAUUUUUUCUGAUUUUAGUGCAAUAAUUUCAAUUUAUUUGCUAACAUUAAAUAUACAAUUUUAUGUUCUUCUGUUGGUUAUUAUAUUUCAAAGAAAUAUGCUACCGUCAUUAAAAGGAGUUUUCCCCAAACCAAAACCACAACAUAAACGUGAUUUUCUUCGCGAAAAUAAGCUCCAUUUAAAAGAUUUACAAAGAAAUUCAAGUCGUCAGCAAUUAGCACAAAAAGUCGAGGAGGAAGAACAAAAAUUAGCUGAAUUAAGAAGACGACAACGAUUGCGCUACAAAUCUUUAGAUGCUAAGGCAUUUCCAGUAACACAAGUGAGACCCAGUAGUUCGAGGUGCUCUUGUGAUUGUGGCAAGACAAUUCAAACUGAAAUCUCGUAUAGACCACAAGAAACUCUUAGAAAAAUAGAAACUUGCACCAGAGAAGUACAAACUGAUGAUAUACUCGACGAAGAAUUCCUUUAUCAGGCUCUAAAGAGAUGCUCAUCUAUUGAUAUGAGACUGGAUGGAUUAAGUGGGAAAAAUUCUCAUAGUAAUCAGGAACUUAAUCCAAUGCCACAACCUGACAACGCAAUGCCAGACAAUAAUUCUGAACCGGACUUUCAUUUUGAGAAUUUAGCCAUAGACACAGAAAGACUUCCUCCAACUGCAAGUAGCACACAGUUAAGUAGCAAACGGACAACCAGAAGGAUACAUGAACUUGGAGACCGACAAGAUGUUCGUUUACCAAAAUAUCUGGAAAAACAAAAACGGGAACGGGAAGAACUAAAACAAAAAGAACUACUACGGGACCGAAGCUGCCCUCUUGGCUAUGAGCCACUCACAGAAGAAGAGCGCUUAAAAGCUCUUAAUACUGCACAGAAAAAAUUCCAAGAUCUCAUUGGAGAACUUAAUCGAAUGCCAAUGACAACAGAAACUCUUCGUAUUCGAAGUCGAAAAGUUGAAAUCGAACGCGAAUUGAUUGAUAUUGAAAAAGAUAUUCGAAUGUUUUCAAAACCAAAAGUUUACGUGAAAAUGAAUGGAGUUUUUUGAUUUUAGGGAAAACAAAACAAAUAUUUAAUAACGGUCUUAUGCAAUGUCUAUAUUUACUGUGAUCCUUACAAUGACAGCGACAGUGUACAAUUUAAUAAUAAAAUUUUUCGAUCAAUUUUAAAAGAAAUCCAUUUUGUUAUUAUUAUCUUUUGAUAAACAUACACUAGUUUUUUUUGGGGAUA